AUGGGUUUCCUACGCGAAAUGUUGAACCAGUUCCAUCCAGUUCCCUACCCGACAUACGACUUCUCCGGUAAGACCAUUAUUGUCACAGGUGCCAACACCGGUAUCGGAAAGGAAGCCGUGAAGCACUUCUUGCGUCUGAAAGCCGACACAGUGAUUGCGACAGCCAGAACUGCUUCAAAAUGCAAAAGCACUGAAACAGACAUCCAGGCUGCAUUGAACUAUGACGGAAAACUAAUGAUGUGGGAGCUUGAGUACGGCAGUUACGCAUCGGUUCUCUCAUUUUGUUCGAAAGUCGCAAAAUUGGACAGGGUUGACAACAUUAUGCUCAACGCCGGGCUCGCCAACACGAGAUAUGAGUUGUUCGAAGGACACGAAAGCAACGUGGUUGUGAACGUGAUCAGCACUGCAUUGCUUGCAGUCCUGCUAAUUCCAGCGCUUCAACAAAGUGCAGACAGAUUCAAGAGCAAGCCAAUGCUUACUGUCACGGGUUCGAAGAUCUAUACCUGGGCAAAAUUUCCCGAACGUACGGCUUCUCAUAUGAUUGAGAAGUUGGAUGCAUCGAAGGACUUGUCUGAGAGGUACCAGGUUACGAAGUUGUUGCAGCUCUUCGCUGUCCUAGAGAUUGCGAAAAGAUCACCUGCAAGAUAUCCAUCGGUUAUCGUCAACAUAAUGAGUCCGGGUUUGGUCUCAACAGACUUAUCCCGAACAGCUCAUGGCCUUGAAAGACUGCAGUUGGAAGUGUUGCGCUUGUUAUUCGCAUGGUCGCCGGAACAAGGUGGUCGAACUUUGGUUGAAUCUGCUACGAGGGGAUCGGAUAGUCAUGGGAUCAUGCUUAGCGAGGGAAGACUGAGACUGCCACAUGUCGAGCCAUGGAUUGUUGCGGACGAAGGCCAAAAAAUCCAGCAGAGACUAUGGGUUGAGCUUUCGGAGAUAAUUGCGGGUAUCCAGCCUGAAGCGCUGGUUGGGUUUUCUGAGCCUCGAGGGAAUUGA